ACAGUGAGACGGAGCUGAACCGCAGGCUGCAGACGGUAUAACGGAACGGUGCCGGGGUCGCCGCGUUAUUUAGCCGUUUUUUUCUCACUUUGUUACCGGGUGUUUCGUGCGCGUGGAGACCGGAGCUAUGGCUUCCCGCUCGCUGUGGUCGCUUUGCCUGCUGCUGGCGCUGCUGCUGCCGCUGGAAGUAGUCCUGUCUCAGGACUUCGACCUGGCUGAUGCUCUGGAUGAUAGUAAACCACCGGCAACUCCUUCACCAAAGCCACCAAAACCAGCAGCACCAGGCACAGGAACGGGAGGAGACCUCAAUCUGGAAGAUUUUUUCAAUGCUGACGACACGACCACCACGACCACCAAAGCCCCACCCAAGGACGUGCCUAAAGUCCCUGCAGCUAGCAAGGCCCCAGUCAAGCCCAAACCCAAGCCAGCUGCCGAUGACUUUGACCUGGCUGAUGCCUUGGACCCCAACAAUGACAUUGGUGUGAAGGAUAAGAACAAGGGGCAGGGAGGUGGAAUAUCCGAUGAUGAUCUGUUAGAUGUUGCUAAAGACCGUGACUACAAACCCGACAAAGGCAAAGGUGGAGCUUCAAAUGGUGGAGAUCAAAAUUACCAAGAUGAUAACAGUGGCCCCCCAGCCGAAGUAGGCACCAUCGCAGGGAUUGUUAGUGCAGUUGCUAUGGCGUUGGUGGGCGCGGUCAGCAGCUACAUCUCCUACCAGAAGAAGAAACUGUGCUUCGGCAUACAACAGAGCCUGAAUGCUGACAUGGUGAAGGCUGAAAACCCAGAGGCUGUGGUGGCUACAGAACCACAAGUCCAACAGACUCUUCUGGAGCCACCCAACGCUGAACCUCCCGCUGCAGAGAAUACUGUGUAACACACACACACACACACACACAGCCACACACACCCACACACACAAACACACACACACACACACACACACUACAUGCGCUCUUUCCCAAACACCCAUCACUCAACCCCAAACACACACAUAUACAUACACACACACAUGCUGCAGGAUAGACUGCCUAUCGUGUAGCAUGUCCUUGUUGAUCCUGCAGCUCUUUGCUGCAGAAGUUGGGAUUUGUAGUCCUUCUACGCUGAAUGUGAACACAGAUUUCUUCUUUUUUUUUCACUCUCUGCUGUAAACAUGGCCAGCCGCAUAUCGAACCUUGCCAAAUGUUUGUGUAUAUACUAAUUUAUUAUUCACGGUUUGAACACCACUAACAAUGUUGAUUUACAGUUAUCCAGCCUCCAGCAUGUUCUCUGUGGUUUCUGCGCUGUGAGCCGGGGCUUUAGUUGUAGCAGUUUGCCAAGCUCCAGACUCACAGUCAAGUUGGAUUUUUUUUUUUGGGAAAAAAAGGCAGUUAAUUGUAUUAUAUGUUGAAGACAGAAAACUCCUGCGGGCAUCUCUGGGUGUGUGUCAGGCUUCUUUGAAUGAGUUUGACUUUCAGCAUAUCAACUGAGCCAGGGAGCGCUGUGAGACACACCCACUUUUUUGUCUUCUUUUCUUUUUUUUUUAAAGAUGUGGGGAAGUUGCGAAUUGCAAUCAGCAAUAUCUCUUUUCCUGUCUUUGAAUAGAAUUUAGCAACUUCCUACUUUUGACACGUAACUGAUUAUUUGUGGCAAGUGAUUGAUGUUACUUUGUUGAUAAAGGAAAUGAAAUCCGAAAACAGAGCGACACUUAAAUUCCUGAUUUUCUCUCUGCAUGAGUAGAGAGUGAAUAAAAAAACUUGUUACAGUAUUCCCCAGAUUUCUAUCCAAAGCCUUGUAGCAGCUGAUUAUGUAAUCAUUUGUGAAAUGUUGUGAUGAAAUGUGUAAAUGCUCAGAUAAGGUAAUAAACACAGUAGCCAAUUAAUGUUAAGGGCAAGCUAAGGGUAAAGCACAUAGUACAGAAGCCGAGAACAGUGGUGCUUGCACUUUUUUUUU